UAUGUUCAUAAAAAUAAUAUAGAUAGAGACUUAGGAAUAACCAAAGUGAGUUUUGUUAUUUUGAUAAAGUUCUUUUCAUACUUACUAUCAGAAAAUCGAAUACCUAUUGACAGUAUGUCUAAAAAAGUUCAAUCAUGUAUUAAUUGUAUUCGAACUGUACCGUCCCACUUUUAGACAAGGAACAAGCAUGCCUAAGCAAGCAUCAUGUUGACCCAACCUUUUUUUUCCCGAAAUUCUAAGUCGCAGUUUGGCUCGGGUUUCCUAGAAAAUUUGGUGUUGAAAUUUGUAAGCAUUGAAAGUGAAACGCAAAUUGAUUGGAGAGUUCCCACUAUAAUAGUCCACGCUCUGGUUUACUGAUUCAAUCAUCUUCUUCAUUUUGAUAAAAGUACUUCUCCUCCUACAUCUUUUUUGGUCCUACUGCAACAAUGAAACAACUGCUUCUUGAGCCUUGUUUCAUCUUCAUCUUGUUGGUAAUCUCAAUUACCAACACUCCAACUUGCCUUUGCGAGGAUGAUGCUCGCUACGCCAACUGUAGAAACGCAAUUAGCUGCGGAAAUAACAACUUCAACCUCAAAUACCCAUUCUGGGGAGAAGACAGAGGUAGCAUUUGUGGUGGACCUAACUACGAGUCGGAGGAACUCACAUGUGAAGGUCAAGUCCCCAAGAUAACCAUAAAUUUCAUCAGAUACCGUGUUCUUGGCUGGGAAAACACAUCACAGAUACUCAAAGUCGCAAGGGACGACUACUGGGACAAUAAUACUGUCUGUGUCAAUGGUGACAGGAACAUCACAUUUGAUAACACUCAGUUUCAAUAUGAUUAUGAUGGCCUUGUUAACGUUACGCUCUUUUAUGAUUGCCCUGCCAGUUCUCCAACUCCCACUAAUUCAUUGCUUCCACCAUCGUCUGUGUUUAGUUUUUCCUGUGGUGGUGCUUCAGUUGUCUACUACACAGUCCAACCUUUACCUUCCUCGUACGAGGCGCCCUGCAAGAUUGUUGUGAUUCCAAUCUUUCAAACCAACAACGAUUCACUUGACACUCCCGAUAGAAUCAUUGAAGCUUUACAGGGCGGUUUUCAGAUUGAAUGGACGGGAAAUUAUGAGGAGUGCGAGAAAUGCACUGGUUCUGGUGGAGAGUGUGGAUUUGAUGGAAAUAAUUUCCAAUGUUUCUGCAAGGAUGGACCUUAUUCUGCUUCAUGCAAAGAAAAAAGUAAAGUCCAGUUGCCAACAAUGAUCUUUAUUAUUGUACCCACGAUUAUUUCAGUAGCACUAUUCUUUUUUUGCUACUACAUGGUAAAGAGAAAAUCAAGCCUGGACCAUUUCCGCUUUCCAAAAUAUUGGGUGUUCACACCAAAAAAGAGUAUCAAGAGUGUUCUUAAAGAAAAUUUUGGAAAUGAAAGUGCCACAUUAGAGCCCUUGCAAUUCAAUCUGUCUAUACUUAAAGCCGCAACCAAUAAUUUUUCAGAUGAGAAUAGGAUUGGCAAAGGUGGAUUUGGAGAAGUUUAUAAGGGAAUUCUUCAUGAUGGGCGACAAAUUGCAAUAAAAAAACUUUCAAAAAGUUCUAUGCAAGGUUCCAAUGAGUUCAAGAAUGAAGUUUUAGUGAUAGCCAAGCUUCAACAUAGAAAUCUUGUGACACUUAUUGGGUUUUGUCUUGAAGAACAAAAUAAAAUACUUAUAUACAAAUAUGUGCCAAACAAGAGUCUUGACUAUUUUUUAUUUGAUUCUCAACGGCCAAAGUUAAGCUGGUUUCAACGUUAUAAUAUUAUAGGAGGAAUUGCUCAAGGAAUUCUUUAUUUGCAUGAAUUUUCUACACUUAAAGUUAUACAUCGUGAUCUUAAACCUAGUAAUAUUUUAUUAGAUGAAAAUAUGGUUCCAAAAAUAUCAGACUUUGGUCUAGCUAGAAUUAUUGAAAUAAAUCAAGAUCAAGGGGGUACAAAUAGAAUCGUUGGAACAUUUGGAUAUAUGCCUCCGGAAUAUGCAAUGUUUGGACAAUUUUCAGAUAAAUUAGAUGUUUUUAGUUUUGGAGUCAUGAUUCUUGAGAUUAUUACUGGAAAAAAGAAUUUGAGUUCUUACGAACCACAUCGUGUUGCUGAUGGCCUUUUGAGUUAUGUUUGGAGACAAUGGAGGGAAGAAACGUUGUUAGGCGUAUUAGACUCAAGUAUUAAAGACAAUUAUUCGGAGAUCGAAGUUAUUAGGUGCAUUCACAUUGGUUUAUUAUGUGUUCAACAAAAUCCAGAUGUUAGACCUACAAUGGCAACAAUUGUUUCGUAUCUUAGUAGUUAUUUAAUUGAUUUGCCGACUCCUCAAGAACCUGCAUUUUUCUUGCAUGAAAGAAUUGAUCCAAUAUCAUUGGCACAAGAAUCAGGUUGCAAUCAAUCUGCCAAUAGGUCUAUCCCAUUCUCUGUUAAUAAAAUGUCUAUAAGUGAUUUUAUUCCUCGAUAGUAAAUUACUUUUCUUUUAAAGAACCAGUGAUUCAUACUAGUCUUAGUUCAUUUACUUGGAAGAAUAAUUCAUGUAAGAAAAAUGAUAAUUUUAAUUUAAUUCAUGGAAGAGCUCAAUUUAUAAUGUUUACUGUCACA